AUGUCUCUCUCCUCCUUCUCUCUAACGGAAAUUUUCUCUGAACCCCACAAUGGUUCCUUUUCCGUCCCCAAUGUUGGGACUGUUCCAGCUCAAACUGAGAUCGCCAUAAAGAAGCUUCAACAACCAAGUAAAGAGUGCAAAGAUCAACAAGAGGUUGGAAGACACAACCCAUCACCGACGCAAGAGAUUCUUACGGAGAUUGGACAAGGCAUGGGAAGAUUUGGGAAUGACAUAAAGAGAAGUGGGAUAUGGAAACCACCAGACGUUUGGAUAGAUAUCUUCUAA